AUGUCCAAGCUAUACCCUCUGCCGACUAACCCAGCUCAAGCGCUCUUCGAGUGUCCGCCCCUUCUCGCAAUCGCAGUAGGCUCUAUCUUCAGUAGUCUGGCCUACUGGGCUUCAAAACUCGCCACCGAUGGGGAUCCUUCACUUGUCGAAGAACCUUCCUUCUCCCAUCUGGUCUCCCUCCAAGGCGUCGAAAUGGCUAUCCAAUCAGCUUCGGUCGAGAUCGGCGAUGAAAUUCCCACAGGCGAAACUAAAGUCCGUCGGUCGUUCAUAUCCCCAGACAAAUUGGUGACCGAACCGAUGCCCGGAAUGCAAGUUCUGCCAGACCUUCUAGUCCAAUCCGCCAAAGACUUCCCUACAGCGAAUGCAGUCGGCUGGCGUGAGCUGAUCAAGGUCCACAAGGAGACUAAGACGGUGACCAAAGUAGUGGGCGGAAAGGAAGUCAAGGAGGAUAAGAUUUGGGAGUUUUACGAAAUGAGCGAUUAUAAAUACUGGACUUACACUCAAUUGCUUGAAGAAGUCUCUAAAAUCUCAAACGGUCUCGCUGAACUUGGUCUGACGAAGGAGCAACGGUUCAACAUCUAUUCGGCUACCAAACCUUCUUGGCAAGUCAUGGCACAUGCCUGCUCUAGACGAUCCAUAACUUUCGCUACCGCUUAUGACUCGCUGGGCGUCGAUGGAUUGGAACAUUCGGUCAACGAGCCCGAAGUAGUUGGAAUAUUCACAAAUGCCAACUUACUGGGAACUUUGGCGGCGAUUGUGACCAAGACACCGACUCUGAAAUAUGUGAUUUAUGACGAAACAGCUGAAGAAAGUGCCCUCAAGAAAAUUCAAGAUGCCCGGCCUGAUAUCCGAAUCAUCACUUACGACGAGCUGCGUCAACUGGGUGAAACUAAGGCCCAUGAGAUCGUCAAACCCGAACCUUCUGAUAUUGCUUGCAUCAUGUACACCAGUGGAUCCACCGGCGCACCCAAAGGCGUCCUUCUCAGCCAUCUCAACUUAAUUUCUUCCGUGGCUGGAGUUCGGACUUUGCUGGAAGAUUUCAUGAGCGAAGACGAGGCGGUGAUCGCUUAUCUUCCAUUAGCUCACAUUUUGGAAUUUAUUGUUGAGCUAACUUCUCUAUCGAUGGGCGUCAAAGUCGGUUACGGAUCUGUCAAAACACUCACUGAGGCCUCGAUGCGGAAUUGCUCGGGAGAUAUCAAAACGUUCAAGCCGACAGUGAUGGUUGGAGUCCCCGCUGUCUGGGAACUUAUCCGCAAGGGGAUCUUGGCCAAAGUCAAAGCGGGAGGCAAAGUGAAAGAAUCAAUCUUCAACGCGGCAUUGGCUGUCAAGAGAAAUUCGAUCCUGAGUCGGAUCGGCGGAGGAUUGAUGGACACAGUUGUCUUCAACCAGGUGCGCGAACAGACUGGCGGGAGAUUGCGAUACGCGAUCUCAGGCGGGGCUGCUUUAUCAAGAGAGACCCAAGAGUUCUUGUCGAAAGCACUAGUUUCGGUCUUGCAAGGAUAUGGCCUAACGGAAUCCUGUGGGAUGUGUGCGAUCUUGGCUCCGAAUUACAUGCAAUACGGAUGCGUGGGUGUGCCGGUACCCAGUACGGAGAUCAAACUGGUCGACGCUCCCGAAACCGGCUACCUCUCGACCAAUUCGCCUAAUCCUCAGGGCGAAGUUUGGAUCAGAGGUCCCUCGGUCUCCAAAGGUUACUUCAAGAGGGAAGACGUCACCAAAGAAAGUAUGACCGAAGAUGGCUGGUUUAAGACCGGCGAUAUUGCACAAUGGAACACAGAUGGAACCUUGUCGAUCAUUGACCGCAAGAAGAACCUGGUCAAACUGGCGGGAGGAGAAUACAUAGCGCUUGAGAAGCUGGAAUCGAUCUAUAAGUCGUGUGCACUAGUCGGUAACCUAUGUGUCCACGCCGACUCAACAGCCAACCGACCGAUGGCGAUCGUCUUUGUCCAUGAGAAGAACCUCACUGUAGCGUAUCAGGAAAUGAAGCCCGGCGAGAGCGGGAAGAGUCUCAGCGAGAUGUGCCAGAGCGAGGAGGUUGAAAAGUUGUUGCUGAAAGAACUCUUGGCUACCGGUAAAAAGGCCGGCUUCAAGCCUCUCGAGUUAUUGCAAUCUGUCGUUUUGACCGACGAGGAAUGGACUCCUGAAAACGGCUUAGUGACUGCUGCUCAGAAACUGAACCGCCGGAACAUCUUGGAGCACUACAGUGAGGCCGUCAAGAAAGUCUAUCCUUGA